AAAAAGCGACCUCUGUUCGGACAACACCGGACAGACAUCACGGACGCGACGUCAUUGUUUUUUUUUUCAAAGGCAGACUGUCGUCGGUCAGACAGACAGCAACAGUUGUCACGAUGUCUGAGAUCAGAUGAGGCGGGAGCAGCGGAGCGAACACUGCGGUGCUGCUGUGCUCCCGGCCGGGCGGGAUUAACGUGUUGCUGCCGCGUCCCGCCUGCGAUGAUUGCGCCGUGCUAACCACCUGGGACAGCGAGGGAGUGAGCAGUAACAUCUGUGUGUCAUUCAGGUCUAUCGGCGUCACUCGGCUCUCAGACAUCCCCCGGUUGUGUCUGCGGGUGAGCUGAAUCCAGACUUCGGGGCGGGCUCAUGUUCCGCUCGGCAGCGGAGCGGGCUGUUGCGUCUGCAGAGAGUCAGAGCUGACGAGCCUGCUGCCGAGACACAAGGGCAGACAGACAGACAGAGAGACAGACAGGCAGCAGGCCGAGAGACAGACAGGAGCGAGGGGAGGGGGGCGACAGCCGGUUUCGGCUCUCUCGACCCUGUGCGGAUCGAGCCGAGCCCCCUCCUGUUUCCGAACAGAACCCAUCUAUCUCCCGCUUUGGAUGGGAGGAAAGCAGAGCACGGCGGGCCGGCCCCGGGGUGCUUUCCCCGGUGUCUCUACAGAUGACAGCGCUGUGCCACCCUCGGCCCACUUCGGCCACUACCGGCCGAGCGGCACCAUGGGCCUACGCAGCCGCUCGGUGAGCUCCGUGGCCGGGAUGGGCAUCGACCACAGCCCUGCCAUGCCCUUCGGCUUCUACACCCCCAGAGGGACGGACUCGGACCGAGCCGUUGGGGGGUCAGGGGGCACUACCGCCGCCCCCCAUGGUACCGGCUACCAGGACACAGGGGGAGGGCACCACACGGAGGGGGUGCUCUAUCUGGGGUCCCGGGGGUCGCUGGCUGACACCUUGCCCCUGCACAUCGCGCCCCGCUGGUUCAGCGCGCACAGCGGAUUCAAGUGUCCUGUCUGCUCCAAGUCUGUGGCGUCCAAUGAAAUGGAAGUUCACUUCAUCAUGUGUCUAAGCAAGCCCCGCCUCUCUUACAAUGACGAUGUGUUGGCAAGGGAUGCCGGGGAGUGUGUGAUCUGUCUAGAGGAACUGCAGCAAGGGGACACCAUAGCCAGACUGCCGUGCCUCUGCAUCUACCACAAAAGCUGUAUAGACUCGUGGUUUGAGAUCAAUCGGUCCUGCCCUGAACAUCCCUCAGACUGACUGAACCGCAGGUCCAUUAUGAAUAGUGUUCAAGGACAUCUUGUGGUUGUGCCAUGGAUAUCUGGACACAAACGCAACCAAAUCUGAUGAACCAAUCAGAGUGAUCAUCACUUCCUUACCCUGAGGAAUCCAUCACCCUAACCAAGAUACUUAUUCCUUGUCAACGAACCCAAAAAACGUGAACCAUCGUACAUGAACGGGCCCUUCCCCACCUCUGCUGAAGAGACUGCUUCCCCCCCGCCCUCCUUUCCCUUUUCUCCAUACGAUUGCUCCCUCAAAGGGCUUCAUCUGUCUCAGCCCCCCCACCUCCAACUCCAGUCCCCUCCCUGACAUGCUCAGGUCCUCGCAGGCCUCCAGCGGCGAGCCUUCCAUCUUGUAUCUGGAUGCAGGCCUGUCAGUCACUAGUGUCAAGCCCUCCCAUGGCCUUAACUGGGGAGGAGAGGAAGUAGAUCGGCGGGGGGGGGGGGCAAGAAGAAGGAGGAUGAAGAAACCAACAAAUGGAGGAUUGUUGAGCUGCUUCCUUUGAGAUCAGACUUUUACAUGACUUGAUGGGCUUCUCAAGCAGACUAGCCCCCCAUGCUUAUAUUUCCCGUGCCCCAUAGUAAAAUCGAAAGUUCCGAAAAUGCUUCGUAGGUCUGGUCGGUGCACAACUGCUUACAAAAACUGAAGUGUUGACUUUAAUUAAAUGUAUUAUGUCAACAAAUGUCACAUAACUGUAUUAGGUUAGAUGAAAGCAAUAAUAUUGAGUUUAAAUAACAAAUAUUAGGUUCAACUUAAUAUUCUUGCUUUUACCUAACCUAAUACAGUUAUGUGACAUUUGUUGACAUAAUACAUUUAAUUCAAGGCAACAGUUCAGGUUUUUGAGGAUUGAGGGAUAAUAAACAAACUAACUGGGAUGUCAGAAAGCUGUAUGAGGGGGAUUCUUAAGAUGGACUCGGGGGUAAAGAGGAGCAAUCUGGGCAGUUCAGAUUGGGAGGGGAGAAAGGGGCCAGCAGUGUAGAUUAAGCUCCUACUGUGUUACAUGUGUGUUAGGGAUGCUCCGGCUUCACAUGGUAUGUCUAUGUACACUAUGUGUGUGUGUGUGUGUGUGUGUGUGGUUGUGUGUGUGCGUGCGUGUGAGCUUGGAACUGUGACAACAUAGCUUUUGCUGAAGCUUAGUGUGGGCGUGUGUGUGUGGGAGAGAGAGACAGCGUGACAGCUCGGUGUAGAGGGCUGACUGAGACAGUGCUAUGUCUGUGUGUGUCUGUGUGUGUGUGUGUGUGUGUGUGUGUGUGUGUGUGUGUGUGUGUGUGUGUGUGUGUGUGUGUGUGUGUGUUUGUGUGUGUGUGUGUUGACAUGUUUACAGUCUAGAUGUCCCCUGUGUGUGCGACUGGCAGUCCUCCCUUUACUUUGCUGAUGUUUACAGCUACAGAGAAGCGACAUGACAUAUUGUAAAUUACGCACCUAACCUCUCUUGGUUCUUUCUUUUUACAUCUGCCAGGUUUAUCAUGUGAUCAUGAUUGGUCAUUUUCUCGUGAGAGUCGCGAGUUUGAGAGUGUGUCUCUGUGCAUAAUGACUGUUGUGCAUGUGUGUCUGAGUGUGUGAUUCUAAAGGCGCCUUUUGGUCUAUGCUACUGUCGGUUCCCCACAUUGUGUUUCUGCUAGAGUAGGUCUGGCUGACAGCGACUGGAGACGCGAGCCACUCAGACCCCGAAAAGGAUUUUGUAGUCCCGCUGUGGAUCCACUGGACUGGGCUUAUUUAUUCAUUUGUUAUUUAACAAUAUUUGUUUAAUAUUCCAAUCAUGUGAGGUGUUACCCACUCUUCAGAAUGCCAAGAGCUGAUGUAUGAAGACUUCGACAAAUGAACAUACAAACAAACUGCAUUUACAAAGCUACUGUAAACAAA